AUGGGUUUUUCCAAGUUGAAUAUGGAUGGUGCGUAUAACUGUGUGACGGGCUCGGCCUCCACUGGGGGGAUUUUGCGUGAUCAUUAUGGUAUUUGGAUAGGUGGAUUCCACAGGAACAUUAUCACGGACUCGAGCCUAAAGGCAGAAUUAUGGGCCUUAAGAGAUGGUUUAAGUUUGGCAAAGGAUGAAAAUAUCAGAAAGCUGGAAAUUGAAGUAGAUUCCAUGAUUGUGUUAAACUUGAUUCAUGCCACUAACAUGGUGAAUCACCCGCUUGGCAAUUUGAUAUUUGAUUGUAGGUUGCUGAUGCAAGGGUUUGAGGAAGUUUCUAUCACGCAUAUCUAUUGCGAAGUUAAUCGGUGUGCAGAUGCAUUGGCAAAUGAUGCUCCGGUCUCGGUGGGAGAUUUAUAUAUCUACCCGGUUAUUCCUAUUUGUAUUUCUAGUUUCCUUUAUGCGGAUUUGAUUGGGGUCUCGUACCCUAGAAUUUCAGAGGGUGGGAAAGGAUUAGCUCUGGUUCAUUCGCCUUCUCUUAUUCCUUCUCAUUUCACAGCCACUCAACACAGAAAAAUGGAAUUCUCUUCUAUCCCAACUGCUUUAUUAACCUCAAGCAAGGCACCCGCACCCGUUAAAGUCACACGACGUCGCCCAGAAUCAGUUUUUCAUCCUAGUGUUUGGAGAGAUCAUUUCCUUGCCUACUCUUCUGCUGACAUGGAAGUGGAUAUCAACAUGAAGCAAAAUCAUCAACAGCUUAAAGAAAAUGUGAGAAAGCAACUAGUGGAAGCAAAGGGUAAAUAUUCACAACAAUUGGACCUUAUUGAUGCAAUCCAACGCCUAGGCGUGGCCUACCAUUUCGAAACAGAGAUUGACCAAGGAUUACAUCAAAUGUAUGAAACCUAUCAUCAAAAUGGUCACAAAAAUAUCAACAAUGAUGAGGAUCUUUACAUUACUGCUCUCUCAUUCCGAUUAUUUAGACAACAAGGAUAUGCUGUCUCUUGUGAUGUAUUCAACAAACUCAAGGACAGUGAAGGAAAAUUUAAGGAAUCGUUGAUUGGUGAUGUGAGAGGAUUAUUGAGUUUGUACGAAGCGUCAUUUCUAAGCGUACAUCAAGAAUAUAUACUAGAUGAAGCAAUGGAAUUUACCGCCACUUGCCUCAAUUCUGCACUACCAAACUUGAGCAAUAAUCCAAUCGCAGCACAAGUAGUUCAUGCUCUAUAUCAGCCCAUCCACAAGGGCAUGACAAGGCUCGAGUCAAGGCGUUAUAUUUCCUUCUAUGAAAAAGAUGAUUCCCACAACAAAGUUCUAUUGGAUUUUGCGAAAUUAGAUUUCAACUUAUUGCAGAAAUUGCACCAGAGGGAGUUGAGCGAAAUCACAAGGUGGUGGAAAGAUUUGGACGUUCCAAGGAAAUUACCUUUUGCAAGAGACAGAGUGGUGGAGAUGUACUUUUGGAUGUUGGGAGUGUACUAUGAGCCCCAAUAUAUUUUUGCUGUAAGGAUUCUAACCAAAGUGAUGUUCUUGGUUUCCCUUAUCGAUGACACAUAUGAUGCUAGCAAUGCUACCAUCGAAGAACUUGUGCUCUUCAAUGAUGCAAUUCAAAGGUGGGAAGUCAGUACCUUGGAUCAACUUCCAGACUAUAUGAAACUUGUUUAUCAAACAGUUUUGGAUACUUACAACAUUAUUGAUGAUGAAAUGGCCAAGCAAGGAAGAUCAUAUGGAGUCGAAUACGCAAAAUCCGCAUUGAAAGAUUUGGUUGGAGUAUACUUGACCGAAGCCAAAUGGUAUCACGAAGGCUAUGUUCCAAGUAUGGACGAGCAUAUGCCAGUUACACUAUUGAGUUGUGCCCACCAAGCUAUUUCAACCCUUUCCCUUAUUGGAAUGGGAGAGUUGGCGACCAAAGAGGCCUUUGAUUGGAUAUCUAGUUUUCCUUUGAUUGUCCAUGCUUCAUCAGUGGUUUGCAGGCUCGUGGAUGACGUAUUGGGCCACAAGUUUGAGCAAGAAAGAGGUCAUGUAGCCUCGUCAGUUGAAUGCUACAUGAAACAAUAUGGUGCAACAGAAGAAGAAGCUAUCAUUGAAUUCCAGAAACGAGUUCAAAAUGCAUGGAAAGACAUGAACUCAGAGUGCCUCCGCCCAACCUCUGUCCCGAUUCCUCUCCUCCGGCCACCUCUCAACCUUGCACGAGCUAUGUAUGUUUUAUUCAAGGAUGGAGAUCAUUACACCAACUCUGAAACCAUGUUCAAGGGAUUUGUGACUUUAGUACUUGUUGAUCCUGUGCCAACUUGAAAUCUCCCUCGCAAAAAUUGAGUCCAAAGAUCAAGUAAUCAUAUGUAUGCUUAUCAUUGCUUAAAGAAAUAAAAGAGUCAAAUCUGGGAUGAGUUUGUUUCUAAAAAAAAAAAUAGAAAAAGAAAAAAAAGAGUCUUCUAAACUAUGGCCUUGUCAGCUGAAUCCAUGUUUUUUUUCUUUUUAAAGCUAGGUUAAGGAUUCUCUGUAUUUAUCUUAUGCAAUGUAUUAUUUCCAUCAAGCAAUACAGUUGUCUUUCGC